CUCAGCGCGAGUGCGAUUAGUUCGUCGUCACCCAAAAACUGAUAAAAUUAUUGUGUGUUUUAUGCAUUAACCUUUCUCAACAACAAAAAAUAAGUUACACAGUAGUGAUCGUAUUGGAAAUGGAGUUUUCCCGUCGUAGCCGGUUAAGGCCGGAAACUCAAUUUAGCCUAGAUUCCGUGCUGGAAUGGUUAAUCCCGCACAACGUAGUGCUGUAUUCGAUUCCACCGAUGGUGGAUUUGUCCAUCUCGGAGUUCGAAUCGCUGGCCUUGGAACGAUUGAAAGUGCUGCGUAUCUUUGAACAGGCAGCUGCCAAGAACUUGAAACUCAUGUCGGACGAAUGGCGUGAAACCAUAUUCAACGAGUUGAACCAUGCCGGAUUGAAACACUACGUGCGAUUGUGUCAGGGCAAUCACGCCAAAGAACAGGAUAUUUCUGCUAGAAGGAAGGAUUACCUGUCGCAUUUUAUACUACGAUUUGCUUACUGUCGCUCGGAGGAAUUGAGAAGGUGGUAUAUUGCCAGGGAAAUGGAACUGUUCCGGCUGAAGUUCGGUGGACUAUCACCGCAAGACGUGAAAGAAUUUGUGCUAAAGUAUGAAAUGGGCUACACACCGUUAAACCCGGAUCAGAAAAAUGAGAUCAAAGAUGGUCUAUACGAGAGUACCGUUUAUCAGAGUAUUGUUCAGAUUGAAGCAAUGGAUUUCUACAAAGUACGUUUCACCGAUGUUCUGGAUUUGGUUCGUGGUCGAAAGUGUUACCUGAAGGGAGGUUUUGCUUAUGUGUGUGCCAGCGAUUUCGUUUCGAUUAUCGCCAAUAAACAUCAGCAACUGAUGGAAGAUGGGUUGCAGGCUCAUUUACGCCUUCUUCCGGAGUUGGAAAAUGAUGAAAGGUUCGCCGCUUUACUCAAGGGACUGCAUACAUCGUACACGGGUAAAGAUUAUACGAUUGCAAAAGCAGGAGAUGUUCCGGUUGAAAGUUUGGAUCAGUUGUCUAAAAAAUCGUAUCCUCUUUGUAUGCGUUACUGCCAUGAUACGGUCCGAUCGAAGCAUCAUCUGAAGCAUGGUGGACGUAUGCAGUACGGUUUGUUUUUGAAAGGGAUAGGAGUAACUUUGGAGGAUUCGUUACGCUUCUGGCGAGAAGAGUUUACCCGUGGAACCGUUACUCUGGAGAAGUUUGAAAAGGAUUACGCCUAUAAUAUCAGACACAACUACGGGAAGGAAGGCUCUCGAAUCAGUUAUACACCAUAUUCCUGUAUGAAGAUUAUAACAUCGAGUGUUGGACCUCAGGAUACCCACGGUUGUCCGUUCAAAAUUUGGGAACCGUCCGUAUUGAAAACUAAACUGAGCUCGUACGGUUUGAGUGUUGCCCACGCAGAAGAAAUCGUUAGCUUCGUAAGCAAAGGCCAUUAUCAAAUUGCUUGCGGAAAGUAUUUUGAAAUUUCGCACAGUAGUAAAUUGGAGGAAGGGAUCAGCCAUCCCAAUCAGUACUUUGAGCACAGUCAAAUUACAAUGGGGGCACGAGCUCCCAAGGUCAAGCACCAAGGUGGAAACCGUCGCACAUUCGGUGGUAGUCAAGAUUCAUCGUCUAUGGUGGUUCGUAACAAUCACGAUACGACUACAAUGCAGGCAGAUGACGACGAUGAUCUGUGGCAGUUGAUGGAAGGCAAGGAAACGGAUGCGAAGGAAGGAAGCAAACCCGAGAGUCUGAUGAUGGUUAGUCAGGUGAAAACGCAGACCAAAACCCAACCACGCUCGCAGGCAAUGUCCGAAUGGGGAGAUGAUGACGAUUUCGACGUCACCCAAGUAGAGAUGGACUAGGAUAAAGGUUAGUGAGUAAGUUUUCUUCGUAUACAAAUACGUGUCUAGAACAUGUGGGUGAAAAGUAUU